AUGUCCGUCUACGCAACUUCCAACCAGGGCUCUUUGGCCCGAAACUCCAUCAAGCAGGAGUCCAGCGCCGUACACAUUGACGAAGUUAACGUCAGCGACGCUUCAAGGUCGUCGUCUAUCAGCUUGGACGCCUUGACCAUGGUCGCCUCCAACGACGGCCACAUGUCAUACCGCGUCGUGCGUGUCAUUGACACGGCCAGACGUAUCCAGAAGAAGCUCGUCCGCGAGGUCGAGGAAGUCACCCACAAUCACUUCCAGACCAUCGAUCUAGACGCUUACCUGGCAUACAUCUCCGAUGAGCGUCUGACACACAUGCCUCCCAAGGGCAGUCAGUGGGAUCGCGUCUUGAAGUCGGCCGAGUUCUUCGGUCUUCAGCUGGACGAAUACUCGCGCCACAUCCAGUCCUUCAUCGAGGGCUGCUCGCUUGUGCGCGACACAGCGUUGGCUACUUGCUACCUAUUGCUUGAGCUCGGACACGAUCAAGCACAGGCACUGGAGCCCACCUUCAAUGCUCUGUAUGAGCUUGGCUCAGUGCUCGGUCACGCCAUCAGACUCAACGGCAUGUUCACCGCAAGCGAUGCCAUCCGCUACGAGCUGAGUCGCAUCUUUGAUAGCAUGCUCAAGCUCGUCGGUGAUGUUACCCUCUACUAUCGCUCCCGGAUCAACAGCAUCUACAGCGGUUCGGUGACGAUUAACUUUGACGCCCAGUUCGGCUCACAGAUCACCAGGAUCUGGACCCAGCGAGAGAACCUCUUCAACCACAUGUGGCAGUACAAACUCGGUUCCAAGAACCGCCGACUAGACAUCACCACACUUCGUCGUCACUUGCUCCCUACACGGGAAUCAGCAAAGUCUCAUGUGUAUGGGCGUGUUGCCGAUCGCAAGUUGCGUGUCGAUGGGACAUGCGAGUGGCUUUCGCAUGACUUGCAUGACUUCCUCAGCAGUGAUGACAAGAUCUUUACUGUUACUGGCGGAGAGGGCUGCGGCAAAAGUAUGCUUGCCGCAUGGGUACGGGAGAGGCUGGAACGCCCGAUCAACCGUGUCCAGUAUGAGACUAUCUCCUACACAUUCUCAACCGAUAUCCCUUCGGAGACAACCCCCAUCGCCUUCCUCAAGAGCCUCUUGUCUCAGCUCCUCGAGAUUAACGUUGGUGAUGUCGCUCUCUUUGAGAAGCUCGAAGCCAUCUUUGAUCAUGCUUCGCCCUACCACAACAGCGCAAAGCUAGAGAGUGACCUAUGGGAGGCCCUCGACUCGAGCUUAUCUUCAAUUAACAGUAAGAAGGUCAAUCUCAGCAUCAUCAUCGACGGUCUCGAUGAGGUCUCAGGUGGCGCUACCAAGGCAGGGGAGCUUCACAAGCGCCUCCACGCCAGCAUAGGAAAGCUUCCCAGGACCCAAGCAGUGACAUUCUCACGGCCCAUCUCACACCUUGGCGGCAGCGGUUGCAAGCACGUAGUCGUCACCCCUGAUCACGUUCGGGACGAUAUUGAGCUUUAUCUCGCCAACAGACUUGGGCGAAGCUGCUGCUUUGUGGCACAGAGCGAACAGGCAAGAAGGGACUUGCUUUGCCAGCUUGCGGACCAGGCCAAGGGUUCGUUUCUAUUUGCCUACCUUGCCAGAAGGCUUUUCUCCGCAGUCUCGGACUUUGGAGUCUUCAGAGGCAUCAUCGCUGGCUGCAAAUCCGACGUCAAAGCCGUCAUUGGAGAGUUGAUGAAGAAGGUCAACCUCAAGGAGGAGUACGGCGAGAGCAAGACCUACAACCUAUUGACGUUCAUGGUCACCGCCCAGCGCCCGCUCACACUCGGUGAGAUGACAGACCUCCUGGGAGUCUCGUUGUCGACACGCACUGUUUCUUCUGGUGCUGAUGUCAAGGGGCCUGUAAGCAACACCCAAGGUCUUGUGGUGAUCCGCCACGGUACUCUGCGGUUCAAGCACUCCACCAUCAGGAAGUACGUCCAGAGCCUUUGCGGCUCAACCCUCAUGUCUCUUCACGACUCCCACCGCCACCUCACCAUGGCCCUCCUUCUCUUUGCCAAGACCAAGUUCAGCAAUUAUACUUGUGAGCCGUCGAUGGAACUGGUUGCCGAGGAGACUUUCCAUGAGUGCUUCCAAGCGUACCACAUCGUCAGCUACAUGGUGCGCCACUGGGUUUCCCAUUUCCGCUCAUCGUCACUUUGCGGCCAAAACGGCACCAUCACCUUGACUUCCGAGUUCAAGGAUGUUUUCCCCGACUCCAUCUUCUUCACAAUGCUGGAAUGGCACUACUGGCAAACACAGUACGCCAUCAAGGAGACCAUUGAGAUGCAUAGCCUGAGUCUCCGGAUCCGUUCUACUUGUUUCGGCGAGAAGAACCGAUCAUACCUCCAAAGUCUCAUCAUCCUCGGAAGCCUGCACCGGAGUCAGUCUGAGCAUGCUUUCGCGGCCGAGUUCUUUUACAAGGCUUCGCAUCUUGGGCAGACUAUCCUUUACAAGUUCAGCCCUCUCGUGGUUUCAUGCACGAACCUGUUCCUCACUUGCACCGAGACUCUCACCUUCACCAAGCGCACUCAAACGGUUACGCACCGUGAAGAGAUGAUCAAGUUCAUGAUUGAGAUCUCCAAGAGCAAGCAGGGAGCCCGCAGUGAUGCCGUCAUCAAAUGGUAUGAGGCGCUCGCUAAACUCUACAUCGAUAUCAAGGAAGAAGAGCUUGCGAUGUCUAUCUACAGCGAACUUCAUAUCAUAAUUACCGCCCGUUUCGGCAAGGGCUCGAAGAAGGAGGGGUCAAUUGCCGAAGCCAUCUCAGGCAUGACCGUCGUUCUGAAGGCUAGCGACAAGAAGAUCCACAACCAUAGCCAGUGGCACUCGCUCUUGUUCGACACUGCGGACGAUUUGUCGUUCACCGACGUCCGUCGCAUCAAGAUUCUCAUCAGCCUAGCUGUGGAGUAUGAGUCCAAGGGCCACCUAAUUCAAGCUGAGAGGCUAUACAUCAGCCUCUGGCGGGGCAUUCUCGAAGUCUGCCGUACUAGCAAGGUGACAAUCGAGCUUCACAUUCAGAAGAUCAACAUUGCCAUCGAGUACAUCAACUUCCUCAAGCGCGUCAAGCGAACGGAGGAGGCUUGCAACAUCAUGAUUUGCGUCUGGGCCGAGUACGAGAACCAGUCCUUUGAGUCCGAGAUUAUCAUGAUUCGCCUUAGGGAACUUGGUAUUCUUGCGAAGUCUUUCGGCAUCCUCAGCGUAUCCAUGUCCAUCCUCAAGAAAGUCUGGGGCUGGUUCAAGGAGAGGAAGACUGUCGAGAGCGAAGAGGCUCAAUCCACUACCACCAUCAUCACGGAGGUCGUCGAGGAGAUCACCGAGACCUAUGUCGAGACCAAGACAACCACCACCGUCGUUGAGACCGUCACCAGGGAGAUCUGGGAGACCAACUACCAACGGUGCCGUGGUCGCAAGGCCGAUAGAAAUUUCUUCAAGUCUUGCUUGGCGAUGGUCAACCUCUAUCUCAAGCUUGAGAAUUGGGCCGAAGCCGAGGUUGUGAUUCGCCAGUCUCUCGAAAUCACUUGGAAGGGCGUCUUGUCAGUCGACUCCAAGUUGACCAUCGAGGGCGAGUUCAUCUCCGAGCGCAUACUUGUCGCACAGCGUCUUGCUCUCUGCUAUCAUCGCCAAAGACAAUUCGAGAAAGCGGAUGCGAUCUAUCUCCGAAUCUUUAACGCCUGUUUCUCGACCCUCAAGGCCGACAAUGUGUUGAUCUUCGAGGCGGCCGAGGCCCUGGUUCAGUUCUAUGAAGACUUCCACCGUCACGAGAAGGUCAUUGACAUCUACGUCAAGCUCCUGCAGCAUUACCGUAGACAUUUGUCAUCUGGUCACAGCCUGCAAGUCAGUAUUCUCUACAAGCUCGCUGCCGUCUACCACAAACUUGGCCGCAGAGAAGCUUAUGACUGCUACGGCGAAAUCGUCACCAUCUUCUCCAAGGACGGGUGCUGCCAUGGAAGUGCACUAGAUGCAGCCAUCAUCGUCCUGAACCACUACCACGCUGAGAAGCGCUGGGCUGAGCUGCAGAAGAUUUGCGUCACGCUCUGGACCACGUUUGUUCAUCACAAUCGUGAGAUCAAGUUCACGCAGGAGAUCGUUGAGCUCAUUUACGAGCGAUACCGAUAUGUCCUUGAGUUCCACGCCAAGGUCGAGUUCUCGGUUCGCUACAAGCUCACGAUUGAGUAUCGCGAGACCGCGACCAAGGUCUUUGGCGCCAAUGCUGCCAUCGUCAUCAAGGCUGUGAUCGCUCUGGCGGAGUUGUGUGAGACUUCCGAGGAGCACUACCACGAGUCCAUUACCAUCUACGAGGAGGUUAUCAAGAAGACUACGACCACCAACGUUAUCUCAGAGACCACCGUCAGGACGAUCAAGAAGCGUCUAUCGAAGCUCUACGUGACUGUCAUCACAACCAACAAGGUGACGACCACCACAACCAUCGAUCGUGCGAUCGGAGUCAGUCUUGAGAUAUACGCCCAGCUGAAGAUUGAGUUCGGCUGGUGGCACGAGAAGACUCUGUCCAAACUCAAGGAAGUCGUCUUGCUGUACAAGAAGAUUGGUAACAAGGAGGCUCACUCCUCCAUCGCCCAGCUUCUACAGGUCUCUAUCAUUGAGAUCAUCACUACUGUCAAGAUCUCUAUGAACCUCCAUGCGUCAGCCAAGACGCUGGCGUCCAUUUACCUGUCUGCGGGCAUGGUCCACUAUGGCCAGGAUCUUCUCCGACAGCUGCGAUACCUGCUUCUCUUCCCUGGAUUCGAAGGCGGAGAGAAGGAUGUCAACAUCAAGAUUUCCGGCCAGUCGAGCAAGGUGUACCUUGUAUUCUUGAUCUCGUUUGAGCAGGCUCUCAACGGAGAUGCCAAGGUACGGUACAGCUUCUCAGAGCUGAUGGCAGAUGUGCUCCUCGAGACAGUUCUCUACGAGCAGUACAUGUCUGUUAUGGCUACGUGCACCGAUUCGACAAGGAUCGAGACGAUCAUUGAGCCAGCAGCCCGCCUCCGCUUCGUCUGGCAGUCCCGUGGCCGCAACGGUUUCGUGGAUGUCCUUGACAAGAAGCUCUUCGCCCUGUUCACCUCGCGUUACUUCAAGUCUUCAAGCUCCCAAGACGACAGGAAUGCCACAUUCGCCUUCUACGUCGCGCUUCUCAACGAGAUCGGCGGUGGCAUUGCCGAUAGGGGUACUGUCGACUUUGGUCUGGUGUCCUGCAAGGCCGCCUACACUGCUGUCAGAAGACUCAUGGUUGAGGAGAAGGACUUUGUCAGAGCUCAGAAAGUCGCGCAAUGUGGAUUUGACUUUGCGCAAUCCCAGCGAUUCUAUCACCAGCGCAACUGCUACGUUUGGGGCUUUCGUUUCGCCGAGGUCCUGGCUGGCAUCCGCGUAGACACGUGGAAGUCUGCCGGCAAUCAACAGCAGGAUGAGCUGCUGUCUAUCAGCCGCAACAUCUUGCAACAUGUGAUGACGGUCUUGAGAGACGAUAAGGUCGAGUUUACUAGCCUUCGCUUCGAGGACAUUUCCGGACUUGUUCGCCUCCUUGGCGAGCAGAAGAACUGGGCAGAACUCGAGAGCCUUCUUACCUCGCUUUGGCGAUCCAGAGAGGUCCAGCGCAACUGUGGCGUGUGGUCUCCUGAUAUCGUGCUGACAAUCGGCUCCCUGUUGGUCAACGCGCACGAGCUUGCGGGUCACCUAGACCAAGCCAUCACCCUCUGCGAAACUAUAUACUACAACGUUCGUCAGUCUCGUGGUGGCUUGGAUUCUUCCGCAUUCUACUUCUCGAACCGCCUAGCCUACCUCCUGCGCCACGCCAAGCGUCUUCGCGAUGCUGGACGUGUGCACCUGGAUGUUGUGUGCGAUCUUGACGAGCACCUUUCCGCAAGUCAAGGCGCGGAUAAGGAUGAGCGUCUUCGUGCCGCGGCUGACAUGCAUCUCGACGGCAUGCGACGAUGUGGCUGGGCCACCCGCGGUGACGUGAGAAACACAAGUGAGAUCCUCGAGAGACUGAGAGGAUAUGGUAAGCUCAACGUGCCGUCCAUUGAGAAUUGGUCGGCAGCGGAUGAGAAGAAGGAGACGAGCCUUGUGUGGCCCGAGACGAUCAAGUGGGAUCUCGGUAAGCCCGAGACUGAGGUCCAGGCGCCGAAGAAGAGAGAUUUGUUGUCUCCGGCCAAGGAGCGAUGGAGUCGCUUGGGAUUCAGGCGGCUCGGGUCCGAGGUGGCGCACUAA